GAAGCCUUAUCAAAAUUAGAUAAAGGGGAAAAAAGCGAAUAGGUGUACCUUAUAAUAUCGCAGAUCAAACGACGUUUUUAAACUAAAUAUUACUCAAAUUUUCAAAAUGUUUUCUUCAUGUUCUUAUAAGUGUUUACUCAAAUGUUCCAUAUUAAUCAUACUUUUAGAAUGCACAACUCAAACACAAGCGGUUGAAAACUUCAACGACGAUGAUCAUUACAAUACUGGAAGAAAACUUAUGGAAAAAGGCAUGAAUGGUGGUGAGUUUGUAAUUUACAUCAUACUGGUAGUCAUAUUCUCCAUGAUAUCUAUAUGCUGCCGUCUUUACUGUCGACACGCCUGCAAAGAUGAAUGCGAGUGUUCAAACGACGAUAACAGUGACUGUGAGGGAUGUUGCUGUUGCGAUGAUCACUCUCUGGCAAAUCCUAGUCAUGCAAGAGCCCCAGCAACCAACACUUGGCAACCACCAGUUCAACAGCAACCUCGACAGUUCACCAAUUUUGGAACUCUUUCAACUGAACGAAACACACUUUCGUUUUACAACAGAGCAAAUUUUGCUGAAACGCAGAACACUGCAACCAUAUUUGCCCAAGACAGUUCUAAUUUUCAAGCACCACUUGGAAUCGCCAAUGCUCCUCCGCGGUAUGACUUUAUGAAUGCUCCUAGUGCCCCGCAUCCAUACAACGCACCCAAUGAAUCUCAUAUAUAUAAUAUACCAAGUAUUCCAGCUGCAGUCCAUUCAGUGAAUACUGACGAUCCACCACCUGAUUAUGCAAGUGUAGUUCUCGGAGAUUUGCUUCAAGGAAAUGAACACACACAAUUUCCGAGAGUCACGCAAGACAAAUAACAUGUAUAGCAUAAAAAAUAAAUAUUGUAUUAAUUUAUGAAAACAUAUAAUGUGUCAACUGUCAAUUUUAACGCUUUUUGGGGAAGAUUUUUUCCAAGGUUGACAGAAUUUCAUAGCUUCUUAAAGCUAAAUAAUUUCUUUUUUAAAUUAUGGCUGCUUUAACCCUUUGUGCUCGAGGUUCUUUCAACGGUUAAAUAAAACGAACAAGUCUAGUCCUAGUUAGAUUCUGUUUUGAGAUCUGGGCUCCUGGACCGUACAGCGACCCUUAUCCCAAUCAUCUCUUAAUUAUUUAAACAGUGAAUCGGGAACAUUUUAGUUAGCAGUCGUUGUGAUUGAUAACUACAAACUCAAGGUCUGUUAUUUAUUACACAAUACCAGGAGACUACUAAACAAAGUGGUGACUAAAUAUUAAGACUUAACAAUUAUACCAUUCAGAGUGACAGGUAUUUUGUAGUAUGCUGUGAUGACAGACCCCUCCAACACUGAAGGUUAAAUUUUCACUUAGUUCUUAUUUAAUUGCCAAUGGAGAAGUCUUCCUCAUAAAACUAAAAAUUGCAGCUAUGAUACUUUUGUUUUAGAAAUAAAAUUUUUGUUAAAAUUG